CCUUAGUCUCAUUAACGACAGAACGGUAUAAUGAGCCGUGCGCCAAUGAGUACAACUUUUUUAUCUUAUUUAGAAUCGUAUUGCUAAAAGAAGUCGCAAGGUAGUAGAUUAUGACAGGCAUCGACAUCAUUUAGAGGUUGGUUCGUGAGUUAAUACUAUGUAAAAUUCUCAUUUUGAAUACGAAUAUGAAUUUGUAAUCUAUACAUUUUAAGUUUUUACUUUUGAAAGUGGGUAAUUGUACUAUAUAUAUGUUAAAGAUUGUAAAGGUUGUACAUAGACUAAGCACAAUUAUGUGAAAUGUGUUAAUAUUUUUUAAGACGCUGAAAGUGAAAGGUGGCAAGACAGGUGACCCCAAAAAACUAACACAGGUAGAAGACUAGCAGUGAACUUUUACAGACUUUUAUACAAUACCCAGUCGACGAAUAGGUAUAAAGGAUGUGAUGAAAAGGCGUUCAUUUCAGGGGCGGGUGUAGCUUCAUCUGCAAGAGGGGUGCAGGUUUUCUAUGGGGUGGUUUAUGAGGGAACCAUUAGUUGAAUACCAUUAUUUAAGAUGGGCGUAUACCAAAAAAAUUUUCAUUGUCAUUUUCCCCCGGAAUGCUUGGUGACGGUGGGGGGAUUUUCUAUUUUCGUUCCUUAUCCAAUUCAUUUGGCAGUAGGAAAAAAAUUGCCUACUGCCAAAAAACAAUUUGGCUCCCCUAAUUAAAUCAUUUCAAGAAAUGGACACACGCUAUAGACACACUAGGGGAUUGGGGGGGGGGGGUCGCGCACCUACAUAUACAUACAAUCUUGCGUCCAAAGUAUUCAAUUCAUUCAAUUUCCGUAAAUGAACGAAAACGGGCGAAACGUUUUUCUCACGUGUGAGGUGAAUUGCUUCGCUUUCCCGGUUGACUCGUAUGCAUUGCGAAGCGAGUUUUCGCAUUGGAGUGAAUCCAUUCGUAAAACUCAAUAUCUGGAUAACAAUGUGUUUUGAUUCCUUUGAAGGCGGAAGAAGACUACAAUCAAGCUAAAAAUGCCUAUCUUCAACUUCAUUCUGAUCUCUAUGAAGAACUACCGGCACUUUAUGAUAGGUAUGGCUGUAAAGGCAAUUUUUGGUGCAACUUCCGACGCAAUUUCUGUCAUGAGCCAUGUCAUCUAAAAACUAUAGACGAAGGGAAAAUUUUGUUUUUUGUUGUCUCCCCACCCACCCCCCUCUCCCCUCCCCCCGAUCACGUUUGUAAGCGAUCCCCUAAGGCUAAAGUUGAGGUUCGAUUCCCAUCGCGGUAAAGCCGUUUUGAAUUGCCCGGUGUAGAACCACUCAGAGUUUACCUGAGUUCUACUAUACCGUAGUCAUAUCAGAGUUACGUGAUAUAUAUUACGAUAAAUUAAAACUUUUUGUCAUGACGAAAAAUUCUGACAAUUGCCAUAGAGUGUGUAGCGUGUAGAUCAAAUCUCUUAUCGAAAUCUAAAGAAUUAAAACAGUCGAGUCUUGGCCAGGGGACCUAUACUGUAAUUGCAUUUUUUGGCAGCUGCCUCUGAUUAGGUCUUAGUAAAUGCAUGGAAUUUACACAAGAAAUUUCCAUCUGCAAUAUCUUUCAACAUUAUGAUGACAUGUCAUUUUUCUUAAUCUGUAGUCGCAUAUCUAUCUAUGUGUCGUCAUUUCAAAGUAUCUUCACAGCUGAAGGUGUUUUUCAUCGAGAAACCGGCAAGGUGAGUUUAUUGCAUUAUUCGAGUUUAUACCAUAGAGAUUUUAAAAGAAUAGAGUGAGCAUUGCAGGUAAACGAACGUGAUCGGACAAAUUGAAGCUUGCUAGUGCGGGUAAAUUUGAGUUAUAUAUAGGCCUAUAUACCCGGAUGUAAAACCAAGAAAAUCUAUGUUUUCAUCUUUUGGCUACAAUUAAAGUAAUUCAAUCUUGGUUUUAUCAACAGUCCUGACUGUUUUACAUUUAUUUGUGGCAAAAAAUUAAUUAAUUUUAUAUCGUGGAAAAUGAUAAAAAUUUGGAUGUGCCGAUGUCACGAAAAACCCAUUGUUCUUCAACAACGAAAAAUGCACUUUACAACAUUUCUACCGUUCCCAAACUUGGUUUGUAGUAGAGUUCAGCUAUUUUUGUUGAUUUUGAACUUUUAGUUCUUGCUUGAACUAUCCUAAAACCGGAAAAAUUUUCCCGCUGCUCCUAAACAUCAGGGAAUGAGAAUUUACAUCCGGGCAAUGAGAUUUUAGCCAAUCAUAGAGCGUUAUUUGCUCCCAUUAGAAACCUUCCAUUUGCUAUAUUCAAACUUGUUGCAACACAUGACUGUGACAGUGUUUCAAAUUUUACGAUUGUCACCCCUGUCGCAGGGGUGACAAUGGUACUAGUGUUUUUCCAACUCAACAGGCGUUGAUACAUUUAACAAGCAAAACAACUUUACUUGAAAUUUGCUUGAACAGAUGAUUGAUCACUUCUUAGCCCUGGCACUUCAACAAAGCCAAAUAAUUUAGCUUUGUGACUCAGCCCUUGCCCUUCAAAUUUGGCAUAAUUCAGCACGACUUCUUUGCCUUUCCCAACUUUCCCUUUUGGAUUCUUGUCUUUUUCCUCUUUCUUGUUUCCUUUUAAUUUCACCUUUGGUUUGACUCCAGCUGUACUGCCGUCCAUUUUGAGCCUACUAAUUGUGGUAGCGCCUACGAUGUUAUGACAGCUUUAACAUGUAAAUACGAGGAAAUUUCGACGUGGUUGCCUUUUAAGGUGUAUGUACCUUAACACGAGGAAGGAAAUGUGAAAUAGAACUAACCAUAAUGCAAAAUCCCGUUGCAUGGUAUUUGCGUGAAAAGACGCUAUCAGUCACGAAACAUUUCUUGGUAGCUAUGGUAGCGUAGAUAAUGUAGGUUCUAACUGAAACGCAACAGCAAAACAGCACUACUUAACUACGGAAAAACUAACGAAUACCAGUGACUAAUAAAACUAACUAAACAAUAACAAAUCAAACGUACGUACUUUGGUUUACACUCGUAUACUCAAUACCCGGUUGCGAUAUAUAGAUAUAAUUAAAGUAGAAAUCCACUAUUUGAAUAGGUUGCGUUCGCAAGUAUUUUCUAUACCACAGUUAUUUCAAUACUAAAAGGGUGUGACCUAAUGUCACGCAAACAUGCAAGGCUGCCCCAAAGGCAUUUCGUAAUGAAUCUACGACACCAUCCUGUUUCUAACUAACAGACAGUAUCUGUCUACAGCCGUAAUUCUCACCUCGUAAAGUUGAAAUAUACUGUUUCAGUCUCUAGUAAUGGAUUUUUAAUUCAAUUUCAAACUCCAUAUUGUGCGCAUGCUCACAUCACGUAACACAUGGACCAAAAGGCCGCAAUGUACCUUUAAAUAAAGAACCUGUCUUCUUAUAAUAAGAUCAAAACUGAAAUGAAUGACCUGCUGGACGUCUUGGCGAAGGAAACAUCAGCAGGAGCAUACUCCACACGACGACCACUUAGUGGAAUAAGGUAAGCAAGGCCAGACUUUGGGUCUGUUCAUAUGAGGAUUUGUGCAUCUCACUCAUAGAUAUCUUAUAUACACUAGAUAGUGCAUCUAAUUAUUCUGCAAUUCAAAAAUUGAAGCCGUGAUUGCAGACUCCGGAUAUUCCCAUGAAAUGAGAAGACUCGUAUGUUUUCUAUUUCUUAAAGAGGGAACUUAAACAUUAGGUUAAACCUAUUCCAAAUACAUUUUCAAACUAUUCAAAUGAUGAAAGUUAUUGUUGUUUUUUAAGCGUUUAUUAGCGAGUGGGCAACUCCAACAUGGCCGCCAUCUAUUCAAAUGGGGGGAACCGCUGCAAUAUUCUUGGCUUCAAUUUUACUAAAAGAGAUGCGCUAUCUAGUGUAUAUAAGAUAUCUAUAUGAUCUCACUCGAUUCAGCUAAUUGUUGAAGGGUUUUUGUACAGCAGAUGAAAAUAUCGAGUGUGAAUUUUAUUCAUUUAUUACACCUAAACAGGAGCUGUUGCGAAAAAUGCAACUAUUUUGGCAUGUCGAACAGGGUUUUACAGGUUAAAAUCGGAGGGGGGGGAUGCCUAUCCCGCUCCGGUAACUUGACUGAGAUCCCAUUUAGCGCAAGGUGAGAUCUCACUUAACCGGGCUGCCUCGUUUCUCGUAUGAACACAAAUUGAAUUUUGCCUGCGUUAACUAGGGCAUGUGGAUCUUCACUGAGGUGAACACAUAUUUUCAGAUAAGGUGCAUUCCUAUUUCUUCAGUACAGCCUCGAAUUCUAUAAAAUAUGUCGGCAUAAAUAUUGAAAAAUUCUAUAUGUGCUGAUAAACUUUAGGAAUUGAUAAAAGCGAGCUUUUAUGUUCUUUAUUUAUUUUCCAUUUCGUAUUUUCCAAUUCCUAGUAUGAACUACUUUGAAGAUCGGCCGAUUGUACGAUUUAGAAUGCUGAAGAUAUAAGCUUGACCCUAUGUUGUAUAAAUUUCACUCCCCCCGGCACCCCAAAACUUUCUUCCAUUGAAUUUUAAAUAUCUUAGGUACUAGAAAUACAUGCAUGCAACAACCCCUCGCCUAUAUUUUCCAAACAUUGUUUCAACAUGAAGUAUUCAUAAUUACGCCAACACGAAUCACGAUUUUUUAAAUUUUUGUGCAAAGCGGAAAAAAAUAUAUGAAACUUGAACACUUUUAAACACAGAACUAUCAAUUUCUAAAAUAGGGGUCGGCUAUUUUGCGAGCUGCGAGUUGCGAGUCGCUAGCCUCGCUUUGAAUUAGGCUUUGAAAGUAUAUUAAUAUGGACGACAUGGAAGGGAAAGUCGAAGGGUUUUUUGUUUCAUAAAUAUAAUGACCUUCGAAGUUAAGGUCCCUGUAACUAAGACUUCGACACAAAAGAAAAUGCUACGAUACGGACGAGAUAAAAAUCAGCCUUUACUUGUUUUUUUACUUUGUUAGAUCCAUCGAUACGUAUGUUCAAGAAUUAAAAUAAUUAUAUUGAAAAUAAAAGUGCAAGUUUAUAUUUGCCGUUUCUGUGUUUAAUAAAAUCUAGUAGUUAUCCAGACCAUUUUGUGCUGUCUAAUCUUAAAAUGGUUAUUUAAUUUUAUUAGUAAGUAUGACCAGACACCGACUCAGUUUGUUUAUAUAUACUGAACGCUGGGAACCCCAUAAAACUCAAGUCCUUUUCAUCGGAAGUACAAUUUAUUUUAUACAAUUUAUACAUAGACAUACAUAUACAUACAUAAACUUUAUCUAAACACGGGAAAAACCAUCAGUAUAUCAAAACGAUUGCUAUUUACAAGUUUGUAAGUAUAAAAAUAAAUGCAAUGAAUGUUUAUUUCAAAAGCUGAAAAUUGGCGCCAAAUUGAGACAAAGCUAAAAUCACAUCCGCCAGGAUGCCAUACAGUUUUCAAUUUGAAUUUUUAGUGUAAACCACAGGUGUAAACACCUGGUUCGGUGCUUCAAAGCUAGGUUAAUGUUAACCCUGGGUUAAAAUUAAACCCGAAGUUAUUAGAAAUUAACAAUAUACUCGUAACUCGCAACUCGCAGCUCGCACUAUAGAUAAUCUCUCUAAAAUAUAUAAAGUAGGUAUAUUAUUUUGGUUUCUAUGGGCUUUAUUUUGAUGUAAAAUUCAAAACGAAACUCUACGUAAAACGUUUUUAAAUGUGAAUUGAAAUCAGCUGCUUUUUGCCGAUAUUUAUAUAAACUCUUCAACUCAAGCUUCUACGUAUUACUCGCACCUUGAAAGGAAAUAAAUUUAAUUCGUACAGGACGCUGAUGAAAAUAAUUUGCUUUCUUUUUUAUAAUGAACUUCUACAAAGGUUAAUUUAACUAAGAAACGUUCGCAAACAAUGCACAGGAAUGACUUGAACAUCAAGAACAAUGUCCAAGCACAUUAAUACAAAGUCAUACAUAAACAAUUGAAACAAACUUGCCCUACACUUUAGGAUUUCUCAUACUAAAUCAAUUCUUAUAAAUGUUUACGUUUACUGUAAAAAUGAUAAAACGUUUUACAAUUUGUUUUGUGAAACGAUUUUCCAAGCUUUCCGACAUGCAUUUUUUAUAUUUGUUGCCUCUUCACUCCUGACAAACAGCCAUAUUUUGAGAUCAGUGAGAUGACCACCCACCGAACUACUCACGGUAACCCACGCCCGCGGUCAUUGAUGAACUUUAGACUUCGCUAAUGCUUUCAUUUCCCCGGGUGUAAAUAGCCGAGGAGAAUUAGUACCCUCGCACGGCGCUUCGCGCCUUCGGCUCGGGGAUGAACCUAAAUAUUAUUGUGGGGGGGUGCUGUAUAUCGUUUGAUACGUUAUCUUCCGUUUUUGUAUAGCAAUGUGUCUUCUGAUGGUGACAGCUCUCCCGAAAACUGCGCAAAAAAUGAUCAAACUGACGGCAAAACGGCAAAACAUGAUCACACGGACGAAAAUUCCGAAAAUGAAACGUCCGAAAAUGAUGAAGGUGUAAACCACGGUAUUACAUAUAUUCAUGCAUAUAGUAAAAACCACUGUGUAUGUGUGGGUAUAUGUGUUUGUUUGUUUGUUUGUUUGUUUGUUUGUUUGUUUGUUUGUUUGUUUGUUUGUUUGUUUGUUUGUUUGUUUGUAUUACUAUUAUGGUUCUGCUAUAUUCUACUUUCCGCUCUUUCCUACUAUAUUAUUGGUAAUAGUUGGCCUGGUGAAUGUUUUGGUCUGCAACUGUUGUAAACUUGUCCCAUUGUACAUGAACUUUAGAAAAAAAAUUUUUCAAACAAACAAUGAAAGUUCAAUAAAAUAAAAUAAAUCUAUUUCAAUAUUAAAUCAAUUCUCGGAACCGAUACAAGAGAAUGCGAGAAAUCGGAUCUUGUCCACGAUGCUUAAGGUAAACAUAGAAUCAACCAAAACUCCGGCCAAAAGCACGUAUAGUGAUGCAAAUGAUGAAUAGCGUGUGCAACUUCUCUAUUGUUCUUUACAGGUAACGAUGAGACGGAAAAGCCUCUUUCGGACAACACUUCAACGGAAGUGGAAAUAAAAAAUGACAUUCCCCCACCUCGUCCUCCUCCAGUGGCAAUAACUGAACCUAUAGAAAGACCUCCAUCACCAAACACUGCUGAAGCAGUUCAAGACGCUGUCGAACAUGAAGGGAAAACUGAAUCAACUGAUGCUGUCGAGGUAAGGUUAUCAGUUCAUUGUUGUAUGGUAAUGGACAAGAAGGAGUUUUUCAAGAUGGCGGCUAUUUUUCAAGAUUGUUAAUACAUUAAAGAAUCGACAACAAGGCUCUUAUGACAAUGCUAAAGCUUACACAGACUGUGAACCUAACCCCAAUUAUAACCCUAGCAAUGCUUAACUAAAGCAGUCUCUGAGUCGAAAUUUCGAAUUAUCUUGAAAACAUCUAUCCGUAUUAACCAUUACCAUCAGUUGACCGUGUUUAGAUAACAACAUCACGCACGUAGAAUAGAUAAUAAGAAUGGAUUAAUAAUCCGUUCUGAAAUAGUCUAAAACCCAAUGGCUUCGACAGCACAGUUUUCAAAUCGAACUUCUUUAAUCUCUGAGAUCGUGGGUUCCAUUCUCGCUCCACAUUCACGAUACUUACAUGAAAUGAGGCAACGCUCUGCUGAAAGUUAUCGGUUUUCUGCAGAUACUCCAGUUUCCUCCCACAGGGAAUAUCCCCAAACUGACCCUUCCAUCGGCUGUUGUGCUCCGUGAUCAAACGUAGGCGCCCUUAAGCCCGUUCUCUACUAGGCGAAUUUGUUCGCGCGAACAGUAAAAAAGUAGGAACUAAAGGCCGUUUUCCACUAGGCGAAUUUUUUCGCGCGACGCGAAGCGAAAACCGAAAUCCGGCAACGUGAUUGGUCGGCGAAAAAAUUCGCGGCGAAAAAGUAGGAUCGCUUCCUACUUUUUAUCUGUUCGCGCGAACAAAUUCGCCUAGUGGAAAACGGGCUUAAUCCAACUUUUUCCCGGCGAAUUUUUUCGCUGACCAAUCACAUUGCCAAGAUUUGUUUAUCGCUUCGCGUCGCGCGAAAAAAUUCGCCUAGUGGAGAACGGGCUUUAGUAAGCCUUGUGCUCGAUCUGGUUGAGCUGCGUCUGGUAACUCAUCUCUGCUUUCAUCUUUAGUAAGGAUGAUUAGCACACCGUCCCCCUCUUAAUUACUGAAAAUGCAUCAGAGAAUUUGACUUGAAAUUUGAACCACAUUGUUAUAAUUUUACCCGAUUGUUAUAAUAAUUGUACAGUAAUUAUUGUCUUUUCUGAUUGAUACCAUUUGAUCACUCCGCAGAAAAUUGUUACAUUUUUUAAGCUCGAUGACUUUUUAUCUUUCUUAUCCUAUCUAUUCAUAACAAAAUCGCGUCCAAAUUGACUGUAAUUUUCACAGUAUGCCAUAUGUGGAUGUCUCUAAACAAAAUAUAACGAAUUUACCCAAAUUUUACGUAAAAAUGUCCAAAUUUUAACUUGAAUAUUAUUUGAUUUUCAUGCCUGCCUUUUUUUGUAAAGGCAGCCAAUCCUCGAAUGCAGCUGGUCUAUGCCGGCACAACCAUUAACUUCCUGCUUAGAUGACUACAAUCAUGGUGAACUUAAUUUAACUUGUUCAUAAAAUUUUAGUUUGUCUCCGUGAGAGUUAGUGGAGUGCAAUUGCCAAAAAUUUCGAUCCAUUUUAUCAACAGUUUUGUCCACUUGAUUGUAGCUCCACAGGAUUCAGUAAAUCAGCCAGUAACUCCAGCUUAAAAUGGCUAUCUGCCAUUCUCCACAUGCAUGAGUCAGCCAGUAACUCCGGAAUUUAAAUUUAACUUUUUAAGUUUUGAAACACUUAUAUUUUGAAUUUGGAGUUUGCCCUUUACACUAUUGGAAAAUUAAGCGUCGCCCAUUGCUCGUUAACCUCUGCAGUCAUGUUCGGAGUUGAGGGGUUUACACCCUCCCCCACCCCUCUGUGCUCGCUAGUCGCUACAUCCUCGGACUCAAUGCAAUUCUUCCAUCGUUGCCAGGACAACACACCAGCGGAGAACGAAAGUGAAGCUACAAGUGAGAAAGGUGGCACUGAAAAAGGUGUCGUGGAGAAAGUUGCCGAGGAAAAAGAUGUCGAGGAAAAAGAUAUCGAGGAAAAAGAUAUCGAGGAAAAAGAUGUCGAAGAAAAAGAUGUCGAAGAAAAAGAUGUCGAGGAAAAAGAUGUCGACGAUAGAGGUGUCGAGGGAAAAGGUGUUGAGGAAAAAGCUGUCGAAGAAAAAAAUUCCGACAUUGAUUUGUCCCGUGUAUUAUAUAAGGUGAGUAUAUUUUAUCGAAUUUAAAAUGUGUAAAAUGAAUUCGUGAUAUUUCUUCCUUGUUUUGAUCAAUGGAAUAAUUAAGUUAUAUAUCGGAGUUUUUACACAAUAAUUACGUCAAACAAUUGUUUGAGGUAGGCAUGCGGUUUAGGGACAACCGAGCGAAACAAAAAUUGUAGCCUGGGGGUGAGAAUAAAUUCUGAAAUCGACAACUGCACGGUGCACGACUUAGGCAAAUCCUCCUCCAAUAGCUUUUGAAUUUGCCCCAAUAGCUACUUUAGGCUUUAGACUGGGGUUGAUAUAGUCAUUUACUACAGGUUUAGAAGAUAGCUAGUUCCACUCUCUCCACGUGGUUUUGGAGUAAGCUAUAUAUGUAAAUCCUGAAUUUAUAAUUCAAAGUUUUUAAAUAGGAAAUUUUGGAGCUAGGCCAUAGAAUGUGGAGUCCAUGGCUCUCUUAUUCAAAUGGCUCUGAUACGACAGAUUGUUUGACACGUAUCAAUCCAGUUAAUAACAUCCAGUUAAAAGUUCGUGCAGAUAUGUUUCGGCGUUUACAUGCACACACUACUACAAUAAGAUUUACCAUUACGUUUCAUACAAAUAUGCACACUGUAAACAACCGAGCCAGGGUGAAACGGCCGCCGGUGCAGAUCUUGGUGGUAUAGUAGCAAAUAUUCAAAUGACAACUUCGAAGACUGAAAUGAAGAAAGGAGGUCCUGGUCAAAUUAGCCAGACCAAACUAGGAAAACCCUUAAAUUUACUGGAAAUAUAAAGUUAGUUGAAAUAUAGGGUUAUUUCUAGGUAAACCAAGGAAAUUUUAACCAGUGAACGUAUAUUUAGAGUGUAGUUGUUACAGUCAAACUACAAGAACGUUCCCACUUCCACUUUUGUAGUGCGUUGCCAUUUACUGUAUUUUCUUCUGCAUUACUGUGGCGAUUACGGAAAACAGUAUACGUCGGUAAAAUGUUUUUGCAAUUAUUGUAUGCUCAUGACUCCACUGAUCUGGUUCCCUGGGGCCGGUUGUAUAAAACUCUUAAUCACUUUUUUAAUCACUAUUUUGUAGUUAAAUAGUGAUUAACUCUCAAAUAGGCGCUUCUUAUUGGAUGACGUUUCCACUUAACUAUAGUUAACUUUAAUCACUUUUUUAUACAACCGGCACCUGCAAUUCUUCUUGUGUCUUAAAUUUUUAAAGUUGAACAAUAUUUUUAAUUUACUUUCAUAAUAGUUCUAUUAUUUCGGCAGGUCUAUACAUAAGGAUUAAGGAAAUUGCUAGCUAAACGUAAUUGUGAAAAUGACAUAACGUCGAAUUUUUUACUGCAGCUAACAUUCUGCAAAGGAUACAUUUUCCCGUAGAUUCAUUGCAUGUUGACUGCAAUCUAGCCUAAAAUAUAUUCGUCUGUUUUUAUUACGCAAAUGUCAGUUGACUUGCACUUGAAAGGUUUCAAUUUAGCUCAGCCAGUCAGCGGCUUGCGCUAGGGUGUGACACGCGAGGAAGAAACACUGAAGAUCAAAUUAAGCCACACUGUCCCACGUAAAGGCAACGCUACAGUAACGCGAGUCAUAGCGGUAUCUUGGCGUUAGGAUACGGGGUAGGCACUCACCACUGAGCUACAGAGUCCAUGCAGUGAGCGAGCAUUAAGCACAAGUUCUUAUAUAUGUACUAGGUGAUUCCAGUGCAAGGUAUACGAGUAAAUAUUCAAGAUUUUUAUCUCGCUCGAUAAAACUGAAUAUUGGACUUUGUAUAUGGUUUUGUAGUGGUUUUGACUUUUUGAUUUUCAUUGGGAAAUUUGAAAUCUAGGUUGAAGCGACUCAUCCUUACACAGGAGAAGACGAAGAUGAACUGACAUUUGAAAAAGGAGAUAUUAUACAAGUUGUACCUUAUAAUGAAUCUGAUGAUCCGGUAUGUUCAUAUUUAUUUCUAAUAGUAUGUGUAUAUAUCAAUUUGACACAUGCCAGUUUAACACAUUUUCAAAAACAGCAUAAAGAAAAAAAUAUUUAACUUUUGGGGCAAGUCCCUUCUUCAGAAACGAUCAAAUUACAUUAAGCACCGUCCACAGUUUUUAUAGUCGCCCCUACGUGAAAUGUACAUAAAUUAAUUACUUUCCUUCCUAAUGUUUAACCCCAACAGAAAAUUACCCCGAGUGCCCCUCCCCGAAAAAAGCUCAUACAUUUGCUGUCCACAAAUAUUUCUGUUACCCUUUCCAUACCUUUUUUCUGUGUUGGUGCUGUGUACUCAGGUGAAUAUGAUAUUUGCGAUGUUACUCCGAGUGUAUAUCCACACCGGGCAAACUUGAAAAAUAUGCCUGGCCACGGUGGGAAUCGAACCUACGACCUUUGGAAUACCAGCCCAAUGCUCUGCCAACUGAGCUACGCGGUCAGGUCGGUUCGAGUAUGUGAUAUUUUGGAACUUCCCAUACCUAUAUUUAAGCCUUUAAGUGGCAAUGCGCCCCCCCCCCCCACUUUAUUAUUUUACUCUGUCUAACGCCAGAUUAUUUUACUAUGUCUAACGCCAGAUUAUUUUACUAUGUCUAACGCCAGACGAUUUUACUCGUCAGGGAUAGAGUGCUGCCACUCAAUGGGUUAAAGAACUUUUGUGAACGGCGUAAUUGAACAACCACAUACUGCAUAUUACACGUCUUACAAUUUACUAAAUAAACCACCCCUUCCGAAUUGCACCAUCAACAUAACUCUCAAAAGAUGACCAACCAUAACGUAAUCACCGACCUUACAUUUCUUACUUCCACAUUUGAACAUCCCCACGACUGUAUCCUUUUCCUUGGACAACAUCGAUUGACCCAAAUGACCCUUGAGAUUUUUACUUCUACGAAAACAUGUCAUAGGUGGCUCGGCGUAAUGUUCGAAGAAAGAAACGUCGCGUGUUAUUUAUGGAAAGCCUUUUUUUAACGAAGGACCAAAGAGUAUCGAUUUGCUUAGAAUAUGCAAGGGGAAAUAAUUUUUUCUGUGAUUCAUACUUUGGGAUAACACACGUUUUGGUAGAGUUUCGUCGAAACAAUACUAUUUCCGCGGCGUUUAGCAGAUGCACUAUCCAGUCCUAGUUUUUAGAUGUGUUUGAGGAUUCUUUUGCUUUUGAUUAAUUUUUCAUUUUUUUUUUCCGUAGGACGAUGGAUGGUUGUUAGGUAUUGUAGAAAGUACUGGGGUUAGAGGAGUUUUCCCUGAGAACUUUACGAAGAAAUUGGAGGCGUGAUAUUUCCUUGCAUUUUCUUUGCUGAGUUUGAGUAUGAUCUGGUGGCCUAAACAUCGCAUAUAUUAGGUGUUAAAUCUGAUGUAAAUGACCUAUGCAUCGAGCUCGGCAUUGCAAAGUUCGAUGUCUGAAAUGGUAAGGCAAAAAAAUUACCUGGGUUUCCGGUUUUCCGACCCUAUCUGCAAUCGUGGCAAAAAUUCCGUGUACACUUGGUGUAAACGAAAGUAUUACUGUUCACAUACACAUGUUCACUGUUCACGUGUUUGUCUCCCCCGCUCUUCCCUACAAUGUUGGUUACAACAUGCAUUUAACAAAGCUUUCACCUAAGACAAUUUAUAGGGAUGGGGGAAGGGGGAAGUAAAAAAUUUUGCAAAUUGUGCACGUGUGUGUUCGGGAAGGCAGGUAUUUCUGCGCGCACUGUUCAUAAUAAUUUUUUCAGGAUUGUGGCUUUUAGACAGUGGAAUCACCGACCCUAAUAAUUUUAUCUGAAAUUUGCAAAGAGUUUGAAGCAAUGUUUCGGCCCAAAGUUGAUAUAAUAUUUACCAAAUGUCUGUCUUUUGUGCUGUCGUAAUUGACGUGGAAUACCAUUCUCAUGCAUCAGUAUUGAUAAAAAAUAAUACACAAGAAGAAAACCCGACCACCUUGUCCUGAGUUUUUGCAACACGAAAUAAGAAACCCAGGGGUUUUUUUGUAGCUAAGGUACAUAUCGUUAUGCUUCGUAUAGGUUUUUGUGGCAGUCAAUAUAAUUAGCUAUUCAUGAUCAUGGCCUUGUGGCGACCUUGUCCGCCAUUUUUGGCUGGAAAACAGUAGACAGCAACAAGCUAGAGAGUAAACUUAGAGAAGUUGAUACCCAGUACUAACUCUUAUCCUUUAGGUUAUCCUGCCAUGCUCAUUGCCGAAUGUGACGGCCGUUAGGGAAUGAGUUUAAUUUUGAAGUAUGUUGAAAACCUCCCUCUCGCCCAUCCCUUUUAAUCGUUACUAUCCUUUGCUGCUGCGCUGUUUGCCAUCCAAAAAUGACGGACAAGGCCUGGUGGUAUGGUAUGCAAAUGACUAGUUGCUUUGUCUUUUGUGUGGGAGCACCAGGAUUAUUUAUUUCGCAAAGCUUUCGAUCCGUAGAGCCAGCUAGAUCAUUGUCAGAAUAACUCUGCGCCCACACACCACCAAAUGUUAAAGCGAUACUUGCAACCAACAUGGCAGAUGAAUGUGCACAUUGUACAUCUCCAGUUAUGGUUAUGUGAUAUAAUGCUGCCUAGAAAUGGUAGCUUACGCAUGGCAAACAUCGAUUCAGAUAACACGUGAAGGUGAAAACACCGUUAGCUGGUAUAUAUAGUUCGCUAGCUUUAUUGUGAGUCUGAUGGUCCCGAGAUUAACUGCUCACGCUGGUCGUGAUCAUUUCAGGUUAAGUGUGGGACAAAUGCUUUGUCAUUCUGUUGGUUACUGUGUAUUUAUAUGGAUGUAAACUUUAUACAUCUCAUAUGACAUAAUGCUGCCAUCUUCGUGACUAGUGUCGCUUAUUAAUGUGGGACAAUGUCACUUAAACAUCCACACAGAAUAGCACUCAUAGACGUCCGACGUCUAGUCGGCGCCUUUGAUAUUAGCGUAACCGCUGCCACGCCAUUGUUCGCAAUCGUAAAGUACUCGCCCAUGUCCCUAGCUAGUGGCGCUAAGGAGAAGCCUUCACCUCCCCCCACCCAACCCCCCUCAAAGCAUUUAAAAUGGCCAGCUUGGGUGUUCAAGAGGUACUCUUAGGUGUUCAAGAGGACGAGUGCUUCUCGUAAGCGCACUGGUUCGGAUCAUGGCGAUUGUUUUAUGGCGGCGGUUAUAGGUUUUUGGGUGAGUUGAAUUUUUGUAUCGUAUGUACUCUGUGACAUUAGCUUUUUGAGGCAUUUUUUUCCGCAUGUUUGACAUCUGUUGAAAUAUCUAUUUUGUGGUAUUGUUUUCUCUGCAAAUAAUCUGGGUUUUUACGGAUCGAAAGCUUUCCCAAAAUGAUAAUCAUGGUUUUUAAAAACAUUAAAUAAUGUUGUAAUCUGUAACUCUGUGUAACUAGAAUUGGUAGCUUAAACAUGGCAAAACACGUAUUUGGUAACACAUUAAGGUGAAAACACCGUUAGCUUGUAUAUAGUUUCGCUAGCUUUAUUGUGAAUCUGAUGUUCCCGAAAUUAACUGAUUAAGAUGAUCAUGCUGGUUGUGAUUACUUCAGGUUUUAAAGUGGGACAAAUGCUUUGUCAUUUUGUUUGGUUACUGAGUAUUUACACAUGUAAACGUUGAAAUAUAUUAUUGUUAUAUCGAAUGUUGUUUACUAUUCCCG